UGGGGGCGGGGCGGCGGCAGGAAGCGGCAGGAGCGGCGCCCCGAGCUGCUGGGCCCGGCAGAGCCGGGCCGGCCUCUGUAAACCGCCGGGGGCUGCACCGGGACCCCUAGGCAGCGGCGCACCCCCGAGUGCACGGCUGGUCGCAGGAGGUUGAGACGCGACACGGGCGAAAGAGACGUGGGUAGUAGAGUCCCAGGUCCUCCCGGGAAGUGCGCAGCCCCAAGAUGUGCGGGGUGCCAUGGCUUCGAGGCUCCUGCACCGGCUGCGCCACGCCCUGGCCGGUGAGGGCCCCGGGGAGGCGGCGGCCGGCCCCGAGGUCGAGCAGUUCCCGGAGAGCUCGGAGCUGGAGGACGACGACGCCGAGGGCCUGUCCUCCCGUCUCAGCGGCACCCUUAGCUUCACCAGCGCCGAGGAUGAGGACGACGAAGACGACGAGGACGACGAGGAGGACGGCCCCGACCCGCUGCCCCCUGGGGACGAGGCGUCGGGAGAAGACGCAGAACAGAACCCCCAACCUGAUGGACAGCGGGGUAGUCAGCUCCUGGCACGGCAAUUGCAGGAUUUCUGGAAGAAAUCCCGGAACACCCUGGUACCCCAGCGGCUGCUCUUCGAAGUGACCAGCGCCAAUGUGGUCAAGGACCCCCCCUCCAAGUACGUGCUCUACACCCUCGCCGUGAUGGGUCCAGGGCCACCAGAUCGCCAGCCAGCCCAGAUCUCUCGCCGCUACUCGGACUUUGAGCGGUUGCACCGAAACCUGCAGCGGCAGUUCCGGGGACCCAUGGCUGCCAUCUCCUUCCCCCGUAAGCGCCUGCGCCGGAAUUUCACUGCGGAGACCAUUGCCCGCCGCAGCCGGGCCUUCGAGCAGUUUUUAAGCCACCUGCAGGCAGUCCCCGAACUGCGCCAUGCCCCAGACCUGCAGGACUUCUUCGUGCUGCCUGAGCUGCGGCGGGCACAGAGCCUCACCUGCACUGGCCUCUAUCGUGAGGCUCUGGCACUCUGGGCCAAUGCCUGGCAGCUGCAGGCCCAGCUGGGCACCCCGUCAGGCCCAGAUCGCCCUCUGCUGACUCUGGCUGGCCUGGCUGUAUGCCACCAGGAGUUGGAGGACCCUGGGGAGGCCCGGGCAUGCUGUGAGAGGGCCUUACAGCUGAUGGGCGACAAAAGCCCCCAUCCUUUGUUGGCACCUUUUCUAGAUGCCCAUGUCCGACUCUCCUGGCGCCUGGGCCUGGACAAACGCCAGUCAGAGGCCCGGCUCCAGGCCCUGCAGGAGGCAGGCCUGACCCCCACGCCACCCCCAAGUCUCAAAGAAUUGCUCAUCAAGGAGGUACUGGACUAACCCUGCCUAGACUUAAGGCCACCGUGGGGAGAUGCACUGCCCAAGGAUGGCCAGCGGGUGGGCUGGGGAGCUGACGAGGACCCAGACAGCAGUUGGGAAGCUGUAGGGGGUGCUGAGAAUCCCUAGAAGUUCUACAAAUAAUUUGUAGCAGACCCAGGAAACAUGGUUCUCCUGUUGAGCUAGGCACAGGACCAGCUUUGGCUGGGGAUUCCUGGGCUGGUACAGGGAGGAAGCUUGAUGCAGCCUCUCCAGCUUAUGAACAGCUAGGGGCUAUGCUCCAGGUCAGGGUUCGUGUUCUCUUUCCCUUGGGCCUCUGAGCCAGUGAGGCAGCCUGGCCGAAGGGCCAGGGACUCUGCCUCUGGAGUCCCGGAGUUGAUGGCUGGAUAGAGGGCUGCAGUUCUGGCCCAGGAGAAUUAAACGCCAGUGGCUCCAGUUG